UCCAUGAAGGCAGCCCACUGGGAGAACUUCAUCGCUGUGUCCGAGAUGGCGUAAAAAUCAAUGUCCACAUCCGCACUUUCAAAGGGCUUCGUGGAGUCUGCACGGGGUUUUUGGUUGCGUUUGACAAGUUCUGGAAUAUGGCCCUGACAGACGUAGAUGAGACAUACAGGAAACCAGUAAUGGGCAAAGCUUUCUAUGCAGAACCUCAGCUCACACUAACCCGGCUGUUUGACAGACUCAAACUGCAGGAGUCCUCAGUAAAGAAGGGAGCUGACUCAAAGACUGUCUCAGAGGAACUAGCCCUGACAAAUGACUCUCAUACACUGGGACUGAAAGUUGGAUCAGGACGAGGGAGAGCAGAAGAUGAGUGCGAGAGGCAGAAACGCUUGGGCAGAGCUGGAGAAAAGAAGAUGCCAGGUGACAGUUUGCAUCUGGCUGCCAGAGGUGAAGCUGAUGUGGGUAGCGGGACUGCCCACACAGAGGGUGCCAGUGCUGGUGGUAGCCGUGCAAGAAGCCAGUCACGGAGAAAAAGGCGGCCCAAAGUGGAUUAUCAACAGGUGUUCACACGUCACAUAAACCAGAUUUUUAUUCGAGGAGAGAAUGUCUUGCUUGUCCAUUUAGCACAUUGA